AUGUUUACCGCCCGACAAGCUGUUCGCAACGCUCCGCGCUUUGCUGCUCAGGCCCGUGCAGGUGCUCAGCGCCGGUUCGCCAGCUCUGCCUCCGAGAACGAAUUCAUCAAGGAACGCCAGCACAUCAAGGACCACGCCAAGGGCACCACGGAGCUCUGGAAGAAGAUUUCCAUCUACGGUGUUACUCCCUGCCUCAUUGCCGCCGGUGCCAAUGCCUACUACCUCUGGAACGAGCACUGGGAGCACUGGAGCCACAUGCCUGCUCUGGAGGACCGCACCGAGUACGCUUACCAGAACAUCCGUACCAAGAACUACCAGUGGGGUAAUGGUGAUGAGACUCUCUUCUGGAACGACAAGGUCAACUACCACAACAAGGACAAGGUCGCAUAA